AAUUGGGGGGGAAUUUUGGGUGCCCUAUGUUGAUCCUCAAAGAAUAACCACCUUCUAAAGAUAUCCCAUUUUUCAAACUCUCUCUCUCUAGAAAUUUGCCCUCUGCAUUUUUCUUCCUUCUUCUCGUUCCUUCUUCUUCUUCCAUCUCUUUCUCCCUCCACAACCCAAUGUAGUGGAGUCUUUCCUCCUUUUGUUUUCAGGAAGGCCUCUUCUCUCUUCUUCUGGUUUAGUAAUUUGGGAAACUCUGCCAAGCCUUAACCAUGACGGCGGAAGUAACGAUUUGGUGGGGCAUUGCAAUGGCAGAGACCUUAGGAGAAACGAAAGGAAACCCAGAAAUGGAAUCAGAGUCACAAGGCGAUCCGAGGAAGAUCGAGUCGUGUGAGGACGAGUCGUCACCGCGGGGCGUGUUGGAAAUCCCCAUUACGGACUCGGACUACAGCGGCAGCAGCUGCGGCACAUCUUCUUGUUCCGAAAAGACGAUGGGCCAGACGCUAAUGCGAGACAUCAGCAUUGGGUUGCAGAUGAAAGGCAAGGGAAUGUUCGAUGCCUUGAAGAAGAAGUCAGCGAGGCGGUUUUCGACCAUUCCCAUAUUGGGUGCCAGCUAUGAACUUUCCAGGAGGAACUUGAGGAGGAGACUGGCUCGGAUUUGGAACGCCGAGGAUGAGGAGGAGGAAGGAGCUGAAGGGAUGUCCAUUACGAAGCCGUCAUGGAGGAACUUUGAUUAUGCUGAGCUUGCUGCUGCUACUGCCAAUUUCAAACCCGAGAACCUGAUUGGCAAAGGUGGGCAAGCAGAAGUUUACAAGGGGUUCUUAUCCAAUGGUACAAUUGUAGCAGUCAAGAGGCUAAUGAAGAAAGAGAAAGAGAAAGAAAACGAGGAUCGAGUUGGCGAUUUCUUGGCUGAGGUUGGGAUUAUUGCACACAUAAGACACCCGAAUGCUGCUCGCCUACUUGGCUUUGGCAUCGACAGUGGUUUGCACCUUGUCCUGCAAUUUUCCCCACACGGCAGCUUAGCUUCUCUACUCUUUGGUACAGCAGAAUGUAUGGAUUGGAAGAUCAGGUUUAAGGUAGCAAUUGGGAUAGCAGAAGGUUUGCGAUAUCUCCAUCACGAAUGCCACAGGCGCAUCAUUCACCGGGACAUCAAGGCCUCUAAUAUAUUACUAACCGAAGAUUAUGAAGCUCAAAUAUCUGAUUUCGGACUAGCAAAGUGGCUCCCUGAAAAAUGGACUCACCAUGUUGUAUUCCCUAUUGAAGGCACAUUCGGGUACUUGUCUCCAGAGUACUUCAUGCAUGGAAUUGUCGACGAGAAGACUGAUGUGUUUGCAUAUGGGGUUUUAUUACUGGAGCUCAUAACAGGUCGCCGUGCAGUUGAUUCAACUCAGCAAAGCCUUGUGACCUGGGCAAAGCCGCUUCUAGAUGCAAGUAAUAUGAAGGAGCUAGCAGAUCCUCUGUUAGAAGAUGCAUAUGAUCCGAUUGAGAUGAAAAGAGCCAUGGUGACGGCUUCAAUGUGCAUCAGUCAUCAAUCCACAAGGCGUCCGUAUAUGAAUCGGGCAGUGCAGAUGCUAAAGGGCGAGGGUGGCGUCGCAGAUCAGUUGAGACAGAAGUCUACAGCAGUGAGAUCACUGGUUCUAGAGUCUUGUGACUUGGAAGACUACACUUGUUCGAAUUACCUCAGCGAUCUCAACCGCCACCGGCAACUCGUGUUGGAUCAGUAGACUGCCUUUGCUUUCCAUUCCUCUUUCUCCUGCAGCCUCUUGUUGUUGUUGCAUUGUCAGCUGUUAGUGUGGAAGUUUUGGGAUUGUAGUACCCCUUUGCUGUGUAUCUCCUCAGGCUCUCAAAUUGAAGCAAUUGUUGAUUGAUUGCUACAUAUUUGUAGAGAAUACUAGGAAAAGUGGCAUUUUGUUAUCGUUGUGGCAUGGUAUGUUAUGUUACCAAACGAUCAAUUGGAACAUUGUACAUUCAAACGUUGAAUGCCAUCAAUGCUUCACUAGUUGAA